UUGAAUGCGCCCUCUCCCCCAUUCUAUGUUUAUGAUUGUCAGUAGAUAAGAGGGUAUAACGCCCCCCAACGCCCACCAUGGACCCAAGCACCACCAACCUCUAAUUAAGUCAGUGGCUUCGAACGUGAUUGGACUGUUCACAGGUCUUCACAGGGCUCAUAAGCAUCGUCAUAUAGCAAAAUACCGAUUUAUUUCUGUGGACUGGGAUAUAUUACAGUGCAGUAUACUGUAUGCUGUACUUUACUAUUAUAUCUUACAAGAAUACUGCAGAAAAUAAGAAGGAAAGUUUUAGCAUACCUUUGUCAUCUUGGACUGAUUUGAAUUAUAUUUACAGCAUUAAAUAAACUUUGCUGACAAAUGUUGAAAAAAAUGUUACCUGUAUGUUCACUACAUAUAUAUAGUAUACUUGUAGUGAUACUAGGAUUGUAUUCAUCCAUCAAUGGAGAGCUUCAUCAAUUUGCAGCAGAAAUUGAUGAUGAAUUUUUCAAGUCAGAAGAACUAGGAGGUACCAAUUACCCUUGCCCCUGUAGCCAUCCUCUACUGUGUAUGCCGCUUGCAGAUGCUCUGGAGAGAAGUCCUUCAGCUCCACAUGUUCAGGAGUUCAUAAAGAAAUCUCAGAAAAAUGAAGUAUUUGCAUUUGUGGUCCAUUGCAAUGCAUCCGUUUGGUGGAAAUUCAACUGGACCAAGUUGACAACUAUUGCUCUUGCUGGCUUCUAUGAUGAGGACCUUCUUUGUCACGCCCAUGAGCAUGGAGUUCGUGUUGUCAAGUUAGGUAACUUCCCUACAAGUAAGCUUCCCAAUGAUACAGCAAGGCACAACUGGGUAAAAUUACAGAUCAGUGAUGCUACCCUGAAAUUUUUAGAUGGAAUUAACAUUGACUUUGAAGAUGCCAUUAAUCCAAACUCUCCGGAGCAGAAGGGACUCACUGACUUAGUACGAGAGACGGCAGAAAUGUUUCAUUCUUCUAUGCCUGGGUCACAGGUGUCGUUUGAUGUUGCAUGGUCAGCAAGUGGGAUUGAUGGACGCUAUUAUGACUACAAAUCGAUUGCAAACUACAGUGAUCUCAUCUUCAUCAUGGCAUAUGAUGAGCAAAGUCAAAUAAUUGAUGGCCCAUGUACUGCCAGACCAAACUCUGGAAUCUAUAUGACGGGACAUGGUAUUCUUACUUAUUUGGAUCUGGAUAUUCCUGGUGAGAAGAUGAUCCUAGGAGUACCCUGGUAUGGUUACAACUAUCCAUGCCUUUCUCUGGACACGAAUGGUACUUGUCAUAUCAAAGAAGUACCCUUUCGAGGUGUUAACUGCAGUGAUGCUGCAGGAAAGCAACAUCCUUUUAGUUACAUAGUUAAAACUCUUGAGCUGUCCAAAGCAACUUAUCACUGGGACAAAAUCACCCUGACCCCAUGGUAUAAUUUCAAGGACAGUGACGGUCAGCAACAUCAGAUGCAAUAUGAUGAUGAACGUAGUCUUGUCUACAAGUACAUGCUGGCCACUUCGAGUGGACUGCGUGGUGUUGGGAUGUGGACAGCCAAUUUCUUGGACUACUCGGACACAGCUGAAGCCAUCAGUCAGCAACAAUUAAUGUGGAGCCUAUUACCAUAAGUGAUUAUCAUGGGAAGGAGAAUUUAAUGUUCCAGUACUUUGAUUUGUCUUAGUACUGUAUGGGUUAUUUAAACCAAUGCAGUAAAUCAGUUUCUUUGAGUUUUAAUUCAAUUAAAAGUAAGAACCAAUAUCACUUUUCUUCUGAAAUAGGAAUUUUGUGAUGAUUGUUCCUCACUUGUAAUUUCUAAAGAAAUGCUCCAUCGUCUCUCUUUCUCAUUAACCCCUUGGGUACAAAGGGUCUCUCUCCACUAAAAAAGCAGUGAUAUUUGUUUCUCAACAGAAAUACUGUAUUGUGAUAUUUUUCAGAAACUAGUUAUAAUUAUCUACCACAGUCAAAGUGGCUCAAAGCAGAAUAGACUCCCAUCUUCAGAUUUAAACAUAUUUAGUACACAUGAUAAUCACAGCAAUAUCCAGAGUGUUCAAGAUAUUCACAAAAGAUACAGUACAGCAUGCCCUUAAAAUUCGCAGGGGGUUGGGUCACAAAAUGGCCGUAAAUUGCCAAAUCCUCAAAUAUAAUUUGGUGGGGGGGGGGGGGUCUUUUUGAUACGUAUGUAAAAUAUAAGAAAUCUGAUAUUUUUUCAUUGAUAUUUUAUUUUACAUAAUUUGAAGUACUGUGGAUUAAAAAAGAACAUUUCUGAUUGUUCAGGGGGUCGCAAGUACACUCCCCAUGACCAGCUACUUGAUUUCAAGGUCUUAUGAUAUUUUAGCUUUGACUGUAAUAGGUUGACAGAUAUCUUGAUUUUCUGAUUUCAAAUUUCUUAUUUGUGAUAUAUUGCAAUAAAUUAGAAAAUGCUAUCUCA